AAACACAAAGAGUGGGAAUUUAAAGCCAUGGCCAAAUGGCCAGUUACGGACAUCGACCAAGAUCUCUAAAACAAGGGAGCCUCAGGAAGUGGAGUGCGCCUAGCUCUUUAGCCCUACCCUGGGGUACUGGAUUGCCGCCUUUGAAGCGCAUGCCUCUCAUUUCAAAGCUAAAGGCAGGUCCUUGCACGACAAAAAAGAGAAAACCCAACUGUCAGGGCUUACGUUACACUUGCCCUGACCCCGCCCUUGACCUUCUCUCGGAACCGUCCUGAGGAAUGCUCUGUCCCGCUUCCAAGGUCCCCAGCUGGGGCGGGUUGGACGCCUAUAAGUGGGGGACUCCGCUGGGGCCAGGCGCCUUCCGCCGCCAUGGACCCCCGCCCUCUCACCUGGGCACUGGUGCUGCUGGGUCCGGCCCUGGCGCCCGCGAUUCGCCCCGUUAUCGGCACCGCGGCCGCCCGGGAAGCCCCCGAGAAGCUGUGCGGCCACCACUUCGUGCGCGCGCUAGUGAGGGUGUGCGGAGGCCCGCGCUGGUCCCCUCAGGAGGGCCGGCCGGCGGCUGGCGGCGACCGUGAGCUGUUGCUGUGGCUGGAAGACCGACAUCUCCUCCACAGGCUGGCAGCCGAUGGGGAUCCUGAGCUGGUACUUGCCCCACAACUCCUACCCAAGGCCUCUGGCCAUCGCCCCCACCGGCGGGCCGCUGUCACCACCCCUGCCCGCCACUGUUGCCUCAGUGGGUGCACCCGCCAGGACCUGCUGAUACUCUGUCCCCACUGAACCCUCCUGGGGCAUGGCUUCAUGGGAGCCUGAGGCCAGAAAGGUCUGGUCUGGUGAGCAGCCGAAGCCACACAGCACUGCAAAGCCCCACAUCUGUGGGGACAUUGUCGAUUACUUUCUGGGAUGGGGUUCUCACCAUCUUCUCUAGGCCACCUGUCUUCUGUGGGGCCAACUUGGAGGGGGGGGAAACCAGUCCCCAGCACUGGCUCGAAGGAUCCUUGGUUUUGUGGAGGUGCCACCGAGGGCCAAAUGUCCUCACCUCCAGGAGCCCCAGGUGCCACUGUCCCCACAUUUGUGAAACCCCUCUUGUUGUCUCCCUGAUAGUAAAUAAAUAAAACUCCUGCAGAAUCCAAAGCAAGUUUUUGCAUUUUCUCAAGGCACAAGCUUGGGCCAGCCCUCACAUAGGCUUGUCCCCAGGCAACUUGUCGACACUUCCAGGACUUGAUGACAAUUCAAGAGUCAUUACAAUACAAAGCAAGGAAACAAAGGCCUAGGGAGAUGGUCACUUUGCCAAGGUCAGACAGGGAGGGAAUGGCCAGUUGCUGGACUUAGAUCCAGGCAUCUGUUGAGACCCAUGGGAUGCCUCAAUGCCACUUCAUGUCCACUUAACAGUGACACACACCUGAAUGUCUGAAUGAGUCCCAGUGGACA